GCGUGAUACCCCCCGCCUCUAGACAUCGGCUGUCAUGGGAAAGUGUACGCCCCUCCUCUACGCGUGCGCACUACUGCUCUUUCGUGUGCGUUUGGCGAGACCUUUCCUGGUUGGUUCCGGGUCGCGUUUGCAAGCUGGCAAGCCCAGCUGCUACCACCAUGGACGACGACACGCAUGCUCACGAGCCACAACGAAGAGCAUGAAGAUGUCCACUCCCAGCACGCCUGUACCGCGCAACAUCAAGGAUACGGUAUCCUGUUUACGAGCCGCUGUGCAGGAAGGGCUCAAGGCGCAGCAGUCGCGCAUGGACGUGGACCUGCCCUUCGCCGCCCGCCUAGGCGUUGAGACGUCCGAUGAAGACAAAGACAAGAAGAAGUACACGGCUGCGGACGUGGAGCGAGCCGACCGAGAACUGGCGAGGCUGUUCCUCGAGAUGUUCGACGUCAUCGGAGACCAAGUGGUGGUGGCUUUUCCAACUGACGAAGACGCGAAAAAGGCCACUAAGGCCUGGAACAAGGGGGUCCCGUACAAGGGAAAGGUCACGUGCAUGGACCCCAGGCCCGCCAAGGGACCGAAGCUCAAGCGGGGGGACACCAACGCCCUCGCCGGCUUCGCGAUGCAGGUCGAGGCCUCCAAGAAGGCCCAAAAAAAAGAACAAAGAAGGGCGGGAAGCAGCAGGGGGGGGGGGGCAAGGACCCCGGGGGCCCCCCGGGCAGGACCGGGACGACGGCUAGGGUUGUCCCUCCAGGGACCGAGGUGUUGCUUGUUGUGGCCCCGAAGCAGCAGGAGCUCAAGGCGGUGCAAAAGAUGUCCAAGGACCUCGGACAGGGGUGCCUGA